AUGGAGGCCGACUCGCAAGAAGCGCUCCGACCUUUCAUCGAAGCUGAAAGGGAGUUUGUACAGCUGCAGGCUGCGGGUGAUCACGACGGCGCUGUGAGGUGUCUAGAAGCCGUACUGCGGGCAGAGCAGGCAACGGUACAGCAGAUGCCUGACACCAUGCUCUCGACUCUCUUUGAGCGCCUGGCUAUAGGCUACAACACCCUCGGCAUGAAGCAUUUGAAGGACAACAACACGGAGGUUUCCUGCAAGUUCUUCGAGAAAGCAGAAGCGCUUACAGACCCUGCGAAUCUGCACAUGAAUGCUGAGUCUCGUCUCGUCUUGAGAGCAGUGACCUACAACAACAUGGGCUGCUUCUACAAGAGCUUCGGAAAGCUGCAUACAGCUCUGCAGUACUUGAAGAAAGCUCAGAGAAUUGAGGAGCAGUCACGGGGGAGAUGCCAAAAUCCGGCAGGUACACACUUGAAUCUCUGUGCGCUCUUGUCCCAGAUGGGCAAGCACCAAGAGGCGCUGCAGCAUGCAGACAAAGCUCUGAAGAAGCUGGAGGCGGCUCAGAAGCAGUCCCCGCCGCCGGAGGGUGGCAGUCUUCCGCCAGUUGCCGGGAGCACAAAUAGCGAGAGCUUGAUUUGUGUCGCCUAUUUCAACAUGGGUGCAGAGUACGAGCAUUUAAAGAAGCCUGCGGAAGCGCUCUGGCACUACCAGAGAGUCACGUCCUGA